AUGGCUUACCACCAACCGACUCAGUCGCGCUACAGCCAAUGCGACAGCUAUUUCAUCGAGUCAGAUAACGACGGAAUAUAUGCCGCACGUGCCGAGGCAAGAGAACGUACACGCGCAAUAGCUAGGAUGCAGCAGCGGGCUAUAGCGGAAGAGCUUUCCAGGGCUACUGCCGACGAGUAUCAAGAGGACAUUAUGGACCACAUGGAACAUAUGGAGUCUGAAACAAUGCCCGAUGUCAACUCCAUCGAUAUCCAGACCGAAAUUCAGUGGUUCAUGCGCCCAUAUCUACUUGACUUUCUCGUCGAAGCUCACGCUGCAUUCCAACUUUUACCGGACACGCUCUUCCUCGCGGUCAAUCUGCUGGAUAGGUAUUGCUCGAGGCGAGUGGUGUACAAGCGACAUUACCAGCUUGUGGGCUGCGCCGCGCUGCUCAUCGCUGCAAAAUUCGGAGACAGGAAAGAGCGCGUGCCGACGGUGCGGGAGCUCAGGUCAAUGUGCUGCUCCCUCUACGAUGAAGAGAUGUUCACACAAAUGGAGUGGCACGUGCUACAAACACUGGACUGGGCAAUCGGACACCCGACCGUGGAUGGCUUCCUACAGCUUGCCUUAUCCGAAGUACCCUACGACCCAGAGGUCGAGCACAUGACUUGGUUCAUCUGUGAAGUCGCUCUGUUCCACAAAGAUUUCGUCUCCACGCGUCCUUCGGUACUAGCACGGUCAUCGCUUGCUUUGGCUAGGUGCAUACUAGCACGGCCACCAGUGCGUCAGUCCCAGUGGGCGGGCACUUACGAUCCCGCGACGGUUCUCAACCUGUCCAACCACCUCUAUCAGCCAUCCCAGGUCCUGGCCAGGAAAUAUGCGUCAAUACAUUUGUCAUCCGUGUCGACUACGGUUGAAGACUUCUUGCAACAACAAGCACAGAUCGCAAGGCGAAACACUCCACCAAUAUCGUCUGUCGAUGUAGCACAGCAGAAGCACAAUGCAGAUGGAUACUUGGCGCCGCAUACCCCUCAGAAGAGUCAGUACGGCAGCGUCAUGCAGCACGGUUGCCUGACCCCACCAAUCACACCCGACAACGACUUCGGCGAGAACAACUACGGCCAAGGCCACAGCCUUCUUCCGCGCAUCUACCCCUCGACACCAACACCACUGUCAAAUGUGCAGCAGGGACCACCUCAGUACAGCUACCAACAGUACCUUCCGCCGCAGCAUGUACAUUAG